UACGUGAAGGUUCCAUUAUAAAAGUCACCAAGCAACAAAACCAAGAGUUUUCUACGCCAUUAAAAUGAUUAGUGACAAACACGCCAAUGAAUCAUAAUUAUUUUGGAUGACUCUGUCUACGCAGGCUGCCAACUGCCACAAAGGAAUUAUACUGACUAAAUCAAUGGAGACUCAGAUGGAUGGUAUAAUCAUCUAUGAUUGAAAAUUCAAGGAAGGACAAUGUAAAUAACCAUCAUACGGUGGAAAAUUCCGUGCAUCAAAUUAGUUUGACAACAACAACAAAAAGAGAGAAAAACAAAAAAAGAGAGAGAGAGAGAGAGAGUCAUAGUCUAUGCUAACUGUUCUCAGAUUAAUUCUUAAUCUUUCAAAGAAGCUUUCCAGUGAAAUUUAUUAAUCUGGGUGGUCUGGUUUUGCUUCACGGAAACAACAAUGGUGGCGGGAGAGAUCUUCAUAGCAGCGCUCAUACAGGUGCUGUUAGAGAAGUUGAUGUCUAGGGAUCUGCUAGACUUUGCUCGCCAUGAAGGUAUUCACAAGGAGCUUAAGAAAUGAAGCACAACACUAGAGAUGAUUCAAGCCGUGCUCUCUGUCGCAGAGGAGAAGCAACUUACCAGCAAGUCUGUGAAACUCUGGCUGGAUGAUCUCAGAGACUUGGCUUAUGACACGGAAGAUAUGCUGGAGAAGCUUUUUACAGAACUGCUGCGGCGCAAGAUAGAGAAUUUGCAUCAAGCUAUCUCAAGUGAGGUAUGGAGCUUCAUCCCUACUUGUGGUACUGGCUUUGGAAAUUUAAUGUUUAAUUUCGUUUCGGAAAUUAAUGAAACCACUAGAAGGUUGGAAGGUAUAUCUCAAAGGAAAGAUAGUCUUGGUUUAAAUGAUAUUGAUGGAUCUAUGAUGGAAUGGAAAAGGCCACCAAGUUCAAGUUUUCCUGAUGGUCCAAUGAUUGGAAGAGAUGUAUACAAGAGGAAAAUAGUUAAAUUGCUGUUAAGGAAUCAGCAAAGCAAUCUCAAGUUUGAUAUGGUUGGCAUAGUUGGGAUGUCUGGACUUGGAAAGACAACACUUGCAGGGUUGGUGUUCAAUGAUGAUGCCAUGAAACAUUUUGACAUAAAAGUUUGGGUUUCUGUUUCGGAUGACUUUAAUUAUGUGAGGUUAACAAAGGCAAUUCUUAAAUCAAUCAAAUUGGAAAGUGAUACGGAUGAGGAGUUCCGUAAACUUCAGGAACAUUUGAGUAAAAUAUUGGUAGACAAUAAGUUUUUGAUUGUUUUAGAUGAUGUCCGGAAUACCAAAAAUGAUCUUCAUGAUCUCUGGUUAACCUUUCAAUCCCCCUUCAGAGCUGGAGCUCCAGGAAGUAAGAUAAUUGUCACAACAAGAGAAGUAGAUGUAGCAAAGGCAAUGGGAGCAGUUCGAAAUUAUACUCUGGAGUGUGUAUCAGAUGAUGAUUGUUGGAAUGCAUUUGUGCAGCAUGCAUUCUUCAUAAGAAAUAUUAGUGAGGUGCCAAAUUUGGGAUCACUAAGGAAGAAAAUUAUUGCAAAAUGCAAUGGCUUGCCCUUGGCAGCACGAACUCUUGGUGGCCUUCUACAUUGCAGAGAAAUAAAUGAAUGGGAGGAUAUAUUGAAUGACAAAUCAUGGACCUUAUUGAAUCAGAGUAACAUUCUCCCAUUGUUAGGAUUGAGCUACUACUAUCUCCCUUCCCCUUUGAAAAGGUGUUUUGCCUACUGCUCAGUACUUCCAGAAGACAAUGAAUUUGAGGAAAAACAAUUGAUCCUCUUAUGGAUGGCGGAAGGGUUGAUUAAGCAACCAGAAGGGAGCCGACAAAUAGAAGAUUUGGGCAGAGAGUAUUUCCGUGAGCUAUUGUCAAGGUCAUUCUUUCAGAAAUCAAGAAAGGAUGAAUCAAAGUAUGUUAUGCAUGAGCUCAUGAAUGAUUUGGCUCAAUGGGUUGCAGGAGAAAUAUGUUUUAGGUUGGAAGAUGAGCUGGAUGGUGACAACAAUGCAGGACUUUUGAAAAGGCUCGUUGCUCAUCUUACAUUAAAGCUGGCCUGGAUGGCAUUCAAAGGCUUGGAGCCUUCUCCAAAUUCAAGCAUUUGUAGACUUUCCUACCACUUGCACAAUCAUAUUCAUAUAAUGAGCGUGGUUUCUUGAGUGACAAUGUUACUUUUCACAUAAUUCCAAAAUUACAAUAUCUAAGGGUGCUUCCUUUGAAGGGCUACUGCUUAGUAAAUCUACCAGACUCAAUUGGUGACCUAAAGCUUCUAAGACAUUGCUGUUAGAAUGCUGCAAUGAUGUAGGUGAAUUGCCCACUGGUAUGAAGAAUCUAACCAACUUGCGUCAUCUCAACAAUUCAAGUCAAUAUAGUUUGAAAGGAAUGCCUCCAGAUCUAGGAAAACUGACCAAUCUCCAAACGUUGCCUAACUUUCUUGUGGGAAAAGACAGCGGCUUCUCAGGAGUUGGAGAGUUAGGAUCAUUAUUGCAUCUUCGUGGGAUGCUAAGAAUCGCAAGACUAGAGAAUGUGAAUGAAGCAAAGGAUGCAGCAAUGGCCAACUUAGCUGGCAAGAAUGGCAUUGAUGCAUUGCAACUGGACUGGUAUAAAGGAGAAAUAACUGAUAUAGACGUCCUUGAAAUGCUGCAGCCACCUAGGAUGCUCAAGGAGCUUACUCUGAUAAGGUAUGGCGGUCUGAAAUUUCCAUCUUGGAUGGGAAAUCCUUCAUUGGCUAAUAUGGUGCUAAUUAGGCUAGAAGAUUGUAAGGGAUGCAGAUUCUUGCCCCCACUUGGACAAUUGGUCUCACUAAAAGAACUUAUUAUAAAAAGGAUGUCAGGGGUAGAAAGCAAAGGCAGUGAGUUUUAUGGGGAGGGUUGUUUGAAUCCUUUUCCAUUAUUGGAAACCAUUUCCUCUGAGAAUAUGGAGAACUGGAAAGACUGCUUUCCAGUUGAAACUACUAAUGGGAUGGAAGGGUUCCCUCGGCUGAAAGAGCUUGUUGAUGCCAGAAGUUGAAGGGGAAAUUACCUCAUAUCCCUUCUACGCUAUCAAAACUUGUGGUAGAUGAUUUUCCUGAGCUGGUAGUUUCAAUUCCAAGGAAUCAAAUGCUUUGCGAGUUAGACAUCGAGAAUUGUAAAGAGGUGGUGUAUGAAGAUGAAGCAGACGUCAUGUCACUCAGGUCUAUUAAUAUUUCUCCUGCUGCAGAGUUUCAGUACCUAGCAGAAGGAUUCAUGCAAGGUUUGAGAAGAUUAAAGGAUUUGAAGGUCUGUAGUUGUGAAGGAAUGUCAUUUCUGUGGCAUGAUGAAUUGCAACAGCUGACAUGUCUUCGUCAUUUAAUAAUUGAUGACAGUUCCUUACAGCAUCCCAUACUGGAUGGAGAAGAAACAAGACAGGUAGAGUUGUGGUUGCCUACCAAACUCGAAACUCUGGAAUUAAGGAAAUGUGACAAUCUUGUUAAGGUACCCGAAGGAUUGCACCUAACAUCACUUCAAGAGCUACACAUAUAUGAGUGCCCAAGUCUCAUAUCGUUUUCGGAGUCCGGUUUGCCAUCUUCUCUCCAAGUUUUGAAGAUUGAAAACUGCAAAAAUCUGAUAUCCUUGGUGCAAGAGGAGGAGUACAGUAAUUGUGCAGCUACUUGUCUGGAGUCUUUGGUUAUUAGAAACUGUCCAUCUCUUAAAUCCAUAUCAUCAUCCAAUGGCAGCUUACCAGCAAGGUUUAAACACCUUUCCAUCAGGUAUUGUCCAAAUCUCCAGUGUUUAUCAUGGGGCAAGUUACCAGACAACCUUAGAAAGCUUGAAAUAUAUGAUUGUGACAAUUUAAUUUGCUUAUCAUCGUCCUGUGAGCUACCUGAGGCGCUUGAAAGCUUCCAGAUCUGGAGUUGCAAUAGGCUUGACUCCUUGAAAGCCACAUUGCCCAAAUCGCUUAAAAGCCUUCUCAUAUGUAAUUGUGGACAGCUGAAGUGGAUAACAGAUAGGUUUGUUGGCAACAAUUGUCUUCAAUAUAUUUAUAUCAAAUGAUGCAAGGAACUUAGAUCAUUACCUGAGGGCCUCCACCACCUCAUCAAUCUUGGUACACUAAUUAUUGAAAAGUGUGAAAAACUAGUUUCCUUCCCGCAAGGAGGCUGCCAGCUUCAAACCUGAGAAUGAUAUAUGUGAUAUGUGAUAAUAUGGUGGCAUAUCUUAGAGGCAUUCAAAAUCUCAUCUUUCUUCAAAGAUUGGAGAUAUCUUACAGUGAAGGAUUCAUGAAGGUUUUAGAAGAAGUCGGUUUUCCACCAAACUUAAGUUCGCUUACCAUUAGAAAUCUCAAGGUGUGUAAGCCACUCUUGCAGUGGGGAUUGCAUAGAGUCACCUCUCUUAGAAAGCUUCAUUUGAGUGGUGAGGCUACAGAUAUGGUGUCAUUUCCACCUGAACCUGAAGAAGAAGAAGAAGAAGAAGAAGAGAAUGUGGAUGAUGAGCUGCAGGGGAAGAUGAUGUUGCCAAACUCUCUCACCACCCUCAACAUUGAGAGUUUCAAGAACUUGGAUAAGUUAUCUGCGGGAAUUCAAUGUCUCACCUCUCUUCAAUAUCUUUCCAUCUGUUACUGCGAGCAGCUCAAUUCUUUCCUCAAGGGGGGUCUGCCUCUUUCACUGUUGAAGCUCGAAAUCGUUUACUGCCUACUUCUAGGAGAACAAUGUGAACGGGAUGAAGGUCUGCUCUUGCCCGUCAUUUCUCAUAUUCCUUGUGUCGAGUAUGAUUACUUUCAAGUUUGAUUUGUUGUUGUUGUUGUUGUUUUUUUUUUUUUUUUUUUUUUUCCUUUUUUUUUUAAUUUUUUAUUAUUAUUAGUAUUUCAGCUUAGUAAUAGCUCAGCAUUUAAAUGUGCCUCAGUGUCGUAAUUGUUGGAUUAUUGUGGGGCAGUAAUAUUUUUCAGCAUUCAUUUAUUUUCUUG